UGGACCUCGUGUUUACACACUUGUCCAUCAGCCUAGCAGCGUGCGGCCUCAGGUAUCCAGAGAGAUGGUGAGAUGUCCCCAAAACCAACGGUAGUCACGUCUGAACCUGACCCGCAGGAGGACGCCAGAAAACUCUCCGAGACUGGACCACGGCGGCUCCGGCUCCUUUCACCACUGCGAUGAGCUGCAGAAACCCUCGCAUCUUCCUCUUCCUCACCGCCUCAGCCUGCGCGGGGAUCUUUACGCCGCCGCCAUGGGCAGGUUUGGUGAUGCUGCGGCGGACUUUACGCACGGCGCUGCCUCGGCCAACGCGCCCGGCUCACCGUCCAAACACAGCAAGUUCUUGGAGAGUAUAAACCACGACCAAAAGGGUACCGCGAUAAUCGGCAAGCCGGCGUUUUAUGAGAGCAACUCAGAAGUCAGAGACAAAGGAGCCCCUAAGACGAUGGGCUAUCCUGGCAUUGGCACAGACUGUUGUGGCAAACUGAAAGAGCCAGGCGGCGUUCUGCUGGGCGACUCCAUCGCCGACUCCAUCGACUUAUCGGGAAAGAACAAGAAGCGACGCAAUCGCACAACCUUCAGCACCUUUCAGCUGGAGGAGCUGGAGAAAGUCUUUCAGAAGACACAUUACCCUGACGUGUACGCCCGGGAGCAGCUGGCCCUAAGGACCGAGCUCACUGAGGCUCGGGUUCAGGUUUGGUUCCAGAAUCGUAGAGCCAAAUGGAGGAAACGGGAACGCUACGGGAAGAUCCAGGAUGUCCGCAACCACUUCGCUGCUACAUAUGAUAUCUCUCUUCUCCCUCGCCAUGAUGCAUACCAGAUGCAGGGCAACCUGUGGCCCGGUGCGGCUUCAGGAGUGGGCGGUGCUUCAGCUGCUGGUUGUGUCCUAGGACCGGACUCCAUCCCCUCAUCCUGCAUGAGUCCAUACCCUCACCCCCACAGCAAUAUGCAGGGCUUCAUGGGCAUGCCCCCAUCCCCAGGCCAUCCCCACCACCACCACCCGCCUCACCAUCCAGGCAUCAACGGCCUCUAUUCACUCCACAGCUUCCCGGGGGGCCUCGGCCCCCAUUCCAUUGAGGGGCCCGAGUCUGACUACAAGCCGACGGGCCUUGUGGCGCUGCGCAUGAAAGCCAAAGAGCCAGGCAGCAUCCUCUCCUGGCCUACAUGACCACAACAGUGCCAGCUCCCCAUUAUGCACUGACUGAGCCAAAGCAUAUUACAUUCCUGACCCAUACACAGCCCUCGAUGUACACACCUACCCCAACAUAUGUAUCAAAUAAUUCCUCUCGACAUUUAUGUAAGCCAACUUGGAGACUUUUCACAAUUCAGGAGAUCCUGGAAUAUAAAUCUUCUGAACAUUGAGGGCAACUUGAGCCUGUAGCACGAAAACCCAUUGUAUUCAUAGAAAUGUUAUGUUCCCAGUUUUAGUUUGAUAUCCCAAUGCUGAGACCAAAGAGGAAAUAUUAUUUAAGCAUGUAAAAAUUGUAAUUAUCAUAUUAAUCAUUGUUUUUUCUUUUUUCUACUGUUGUGCUUUAUAGUGUGACCAGUAAUAAAG